AAGUUAAGUAUUUGAACCAAUGCUUUCCUGCGAUAAACGCAUGAUUUGGAGUCGUCGAUGUUGUAACAAUUAACGAGAUGUUGGAGCAGUGACGAAUGGUUGACUCAGGCUUUCCGUGAAUUCGCUUCUCACGUGAAAACACGACGGAAGACUGUUCAGCCGCAGUUGUGGCCUUCCGUUGGGGUGAAGGUGACUCGCCUCGCCGCUGAGGAGAGAGAUGCAGAGAAGGAGCUGCGAGAAGCUGUCCGCUGCUCGCACUCGUCCUGCUAGAAGAUUAAAGACCCCGCGGGGACAUUGACAAGAGCUUCGACCUCGGCAGCGUCCUCUGAGAAAAUUCCAGGAACGAACCUUAUAGAUAAGCUGCCCGUGGAGUUUUAUCAGUGGCUGUGUAUGCAUGUGUUCUGCACCGAACGGGCGCAAGAACCGCCCCAGAUCUGCAGCGAACAUUUUUCAGCUCGGGAAACCACCGGUCAGGGACCCGGAGCGCCGGGAGAGUACCGAGAGCGCGCGGAAAGCGCAGCGGGCUGUCGGCGACUGUAGGAUGACUGUCCAAGAAUUCAACACUCUCGUGGCACUCUACCGAGAACAGGUAAUUUCUAUUGGGGAGAUUUCUGCCGAUUGUCCCGCUUUACGAGCAGUGCUUCACCGUACCCGGACCAAAGGAUGCGCUAUGGCCCAAGCCGCUCAUCAGAGCCUCACGGUUAUAUCUUGUUCUGGGCCAGAGGAUGGGGAAAUUCACCCAGAAAUCUGCCGGCUCUUCAUCCAGCUGCAAUGCUGCCUAGAGAUGUUCAUUACGGAGAUGCUCAAAUCCAUGUGUCUGCUGGGUGUGCUGCAGCUUCACAGGAAAGGAAAAGAUCCGUAUGUGGAGCCCAGACUGGACUUUAAGAUGGAUGAGAGCUCUGAUGUGCCCAUCCUGGAGGAGCGCUCUUCCUCACCUGUGGACUACCAACAUGAGUCUUGGCUGGUGUGCACUGACAUUGAGAACAUUGAUAGAGACAUGCGAGAGAUGAGGAACCUACUUAGCAAACUCAGGGAGACCAUGCCAUUACCUCUGAAAAAUCAAGGCAGAGGAAGAGGCGCUUCUCUGGGUUCUGCUGCCUGGUGUCUGGCUAAGUCGGGUCCUGAUGGCAGCACCCAGGGCGCGCAGGACACCAAUCCUACCAACACCUUACAUGUUUUCCAACGUAUUACUGCCAUUUGGAGAAAUUAAAGCUGAUCAGUCUGUCAUUUUGUAAUAUAAUUAUACAGUGGGGAGAACAAAUAUUUGGUACACUACCGAUUUUGCAGGUUUUC